AGCAUAUAUGGGUGAAGGAGGAGGCAGCAUCGGCUCCAUAAACAAAUGGUCUCUCGACGGAAUGACUGCUCUCGUCACCGGCAGGGCCAAAGGGAUCGGAGCCGCCAUAGUGGAGGAAUUGGCAAAGCUAGGGGCGACCGUUCACACUUGCUCCCGCAGCCAGGAGGAGCUCAAUCAACGCAUCAACGGCUGGAGAGAAAAGGGUUUCGACAAAAUCACCGGUUCCGUCUGCGACGUUUCCUCUCGAGCCCAACGGGAGAAGCUCAUGGACGCUGUCUCUUCUCUCUUCUCCGGCAGCCUUAACAUACUUGUAAGUCUCCUGACAAUGAAUGACAACAUCAAAGAGGUUCCCAGUAGCGAAUCUAAUUAG